AAGAUAGAAAUUCACAUACCUUUUUGCCCGAGUUUUAAGAAUCGACGAAGAUGACGCAAAACAUCAGCAAUAUCGCUAGAUUACCGAGUCGGAUCUAGAGCCUCAUGGGAACCCAAAAGUUGCCGAUAUUGGAUCCAAUGAGACCGAGAUAUUUUUUCCGGAGCGAGAGUCGCACUCGACAGCUCGCACGCCUCCCACCGCAUCGAGGCUAGCCGGUCGUCGCCCAAGCUCCAUCGGUCAUGUCCUUGGAUGACCGAUAGUCUUUGCUGUGCAUUGUUAUUUCAACCCGAUGAGCAUCCCUGGUCCUGAUUGCAGUAACAUUGACCAACAUGGUUGAUUGGGAAAGCCCUGAAGUGAUCGCCAAUUGCUCCUAUGCCUUCUCUCGGAUGCUCAUGGUCUUUCUUGGAGUUUACGGAUGGGAGUUUCUUCUGACAGUGCGAUUUGAAUGGCAACUCAUAACGAGAAGGAUCGCCUUCAAAUGGCCUUAUGUUUCAUACCUGGCUGGGCGUUACUCACUGCUCGGAAACCUGUUCUUCCUUGCGAUUUCCGAUAGCGGAAAGACUGCAAGGAUUAAUUGUCGCGCGGCAUACAGGUUCUUCUCAAUCUUAGGAUGUGCCUGUGUCAUAAUGUCGAGUAUGAACCUCAGUGUUCGAACUAUCAUUGUAUGGAGGCAUAAGCGAUGGAUCGUGUUAUUGCUUCUACUUCUACAUCUUGGGCACUGGGCCGUAGGAAUCACAGUAAGCAUCCAAGAUCUCAAAACGUAUUGGAGCGGAUCCUCUUGUGUGAUUACGACGAUCCCGUAUGCCGGCACUCUUACCUUCUAUAUAUAUACACUCACAUUCGAUUCCCUGAUCAUGUUAUUGACCGUGCGGGGGCUACACAUGGGAUGCGGGCAUAAUGCGCUGUACGAGCUGCUUCGCAGGCAAGGUAUAUGGUAUUUUGCCGUGACGAUGAUGGUCAAUGUACCGGCGCUGGUUUUGUCGGCGCUUCAUUUAAACUCUAUCAUGAACAUCAUUCUCUGUCCUCCGGCCGAAACGUUUAGUGUAAUUGCUUCAUCUCGACUGGUAUUAUCCCUCCUACCGGAUGGUGACGACGACGGUGUAAAUGAUAUCAUCGCAGACUCCAACGGCUCCUUCCCGCUGCGGAAACUAUGGAAAAGCGAAACGGAUGAGCUGACAACUCACAUAGUCAUGACGGCGUGAGCGCUUGGCUAGACGGUCGUGUCAUACUUUUACUGCAGAGACACUUCACCUACUACAACAUUUUAUUAACCA